AUGUGGCGGGCGGGGGCAGUGGGUGCGCUGCGCGCCGCGGGCCGGGCGGCGGCGGCGCGGGGGAGCGGCGGACCCGGGGAGGCCCCCAGGGCAGGCACGGCCCCCGCCGGCCGCGGCCGCACGCAAUUACAGUAUUCUUCAGAUGUGAAGAGCAGGACUGUUCAGUUCAUGAAUUUGAGAAAUGCAGGAACUCUGAAUGACACAAGCUCUUUAGAUGAGACCACUUAUGAAAAACUGGCUGAAGAAACAUUGGACUCCCUAGCAGAUUUCUUUGAGGACCUGACAGAUAAGCCUUUUACCCCAGAAGAUUAUGAUGUCUCUUUAGGGAGUGGAGUACUAACAGUUAAAUUAGGUGGUGACCUGGGAACGUAUGUAAUCAAUAAGCAAACACCAAACCGUCAGAUUUGGCUGUCCUCACCCACUAGUGGGCCCAAGCGCUAUGACUGGACUGGACGGAAUUGGGUGUAUUCUCAUGACAGAGUAUCCCUUCAUGAACUACUAUCAAAAGAAUUUUCAACUGCGUUAAAAACUAAAUUGGAUUUAUCCUGCUUAAUAUAUUCUGGGAAAGAAGAUACUUGACAUUCUACCUCAUGGAAUUUUAAAGACUUUAACCUCAAGCAAAGCCCUUUCUUGGUUUCUGAAUUACCUGAGCUUAAUUUUGUUGGGCUUUUUGGCAUCAAUAUGUUGUGCAACAAAAUUGAAAAUAAUAUAUUUUUCCUCUAGUGUUCACUCUUUUGGUUUCUGUGUUGCUGUUUGAAUCUGUGUCCACAUAGUGCAGGUAGUUAAGGUCACCCUUCCUUGUCACUUCAUUCCUUGCUUACUUUCUGCAGAAGUAAGUUAUGAAUUCUUACUGUCUGUAGUCUUUAGAUAUACGGACUGAUCCACCUGGUGACUUCCAACCAGCGCACAAACAUUAAACUUCUUUUGGUGAGACAUUCAGCAAAAGCAAGAAAUGCCUGUAAGUUGCAUUGGCAUAAGUUGUGGCACUGUGAAUGCAUUGCAUUAAAACAUGUUGCUAUGUCAAGUAACACAUCACAGUAAAGUUGAACAUGUCAUAAUACAUGUACUGACAUUUUUUUCUCUUAGUAUUGCAAAACGUGCUAUUUUCUCCAAAUUCUAAAUUCUACUUUGUUUCAUAUUAGGAUUUUUUUUGUUUUGAGCUAACCUUUAAAUUACUUAGAGGUCCAUGUGGCUGUAAGCAUCUUAUGGAACUAGAAAGGCUAGUCUGUGAUAUUUAAGCUGGGCAGCAAUAUAUCUGCAAAUGUUUCAUUCUGUUACUCUGCAUUUCUGUUUCUCUACCUUUUUGUUCUUCAAAGAGCAAAAAUACAUACUAGUUUUUUUAGUUAAGAUCAUGGUAGCAAAAAUUUUGAGCUAAUUUUGUUCUGCUGCAUUUCUUUAGUAAGUGGUCUUAGGUUAUCUUUUUAUCACCAUGAUACGAGGCUCCCUUUGGCACUGUGCUGAGGCAGAAACUUCUUAGAACAGUACUUAGGCUGAUAAAGCUGUCUUCUUCAGGCUGUUAAAAUGUGAAGGAAAUAAUUCAUAUACUCCAGAUCUUAAAACAAAAACAUUCAAAAGAAAUCAUAAACUGCAAGAACAGUU